AUGUUGCCAUCCGUCUACCUAACGGGUCUGUUCGUCGCCCUUUCGCCUGUGGUGGCGAUAUGGCCCGCCCCUUCAAGCAUAACAACGGGUAAUGACACCUUAUGGAUAUCGGAUAAUAUUCAUGUCACCUACAACGGAGAGCGGGUAUGCUGGCCCUCUUUCUCAGACCCUUCCUGCGACUUCGUUGCAACCUAUACUGAUGACUAUCCCCUGGGUCUGCAGCUCUCCUGGAACAGCAAUGAUUAUGGCGUUGUUUCAAAUGACACAGUGUUGCGCAGCAAGGACAUUGUCGCUGGAGCUGUGUCCCGUGCCAUGGAAGCCAUUUUUGACAAUAACUUCGUUCCCUGGAAGCUAUAUCCGAGAAAUAAGGUCCAGAAAACCGAGCCUAUGCCCUCCAAGUCCAACAAGAAGAUCUCAGACCUCAAGAUUGUCCAGACCGGAAAGGACAGCAGCUCCACAUGGAAGCCUCUGGCCGGCGAGGUCGACGAAUCUUAUAGCCUAUCUGUGGGUCUCAACGGAACUGCGCAAAUCGAGGCUGCCUCGGCUGUCGGUGUGUUGCAUGCACUUGAGACCUUCACGCAGCUCUUCUACCUGCACUCGGACAGGAAGUUAGUGUACACGACGAAGGCUCCGGUCGAAAUCAAGGACGCGCCCAAGUUCCCACAUCGUGGUGUCCUUCUCGAUGUGGCCCGAAAUUGGUACCCCAUUGAGAGCAUUUACCGCACCAUUCGCGCCAUGUCGUGGAACAAGAUGAACCGUUUGCAUAUACACGUGACCGACUCUCAGUCAUGGCCGCUGGAGAUCCCCUCCAUGCCCGAAAUCGCUGCGAAGGGUGCAUAUGGAAAGGGGAAGACAUACUCGCCAAAAGACAUCACGGCCAUCCAGAAAUACGCCAUCGCCCGAGGCAUCGAAGUCAUCUUCGAGAUCGACAUGCCAGGUCACAUUGGCGUCGUUGCUGAAUCCCACCCUGACGUCAUCGUCGGCUGGGACUCUACACCAUGGGGAACCUACUGCGCCGAGCCUCCAUGUGGCCAGUUCCGACUCAACGACUCACGCGUCGAUACGUUUCUAGACAAAUUGAUGGACGAUGUGCUGCCAAGAGUCUAUCCGUACUCGGCCUACUUCCACACCGGAGGUGACGAGGUCAACCUACAGCAAUAUCUACUCGACCCUUCAGUGCUGUCCAACGAGUCCUCCGUGGUCUUGCCGCUCAUCCAGAAGUUUACCGAUAAGAACCUCGCUCGUGUGCGCAAUGCAGGUCUCACUCCCUUGGUCUGGGAAGAAAUCCCCAGCUCCGCGCACUACAACGUCACCAUCGACGACGAUGUAGUGGUCCAGAGCUGGCUGGGCAAUGGGGCUGUUAAACUGCUCACGAGCCAAGGGCACAAGGUCAUUGACAGCAACUACAACUACUGGUACCUUGACUGUGGCCGUGGCCAAUGGCUCACAUUCGCCGAAGUCGACACCUCCACGUACUACCCUUUUAACGACUGGUGCGGCCCAACGAAGAGCUGGCAGCUGAUCUACUCUCACAACCCGACUGAAAAUCUGACGGCCGGUGAGGCAGAAUUGGUGCUCGGCGGCGAGGUCGCCGUCUGGAGCGAAACCAUUGAUGAGACAAACCUCGAUUCACUGCUCUGGCCCCGAGGCAGCGCAGCGGGCGAGGUGCUCUGGUCCGGCCCGACCGGUAACACCAGUCAGCUAGAAGCCGCGCCCAGAUUGGGCGAAUUCAGGGAGCGUAUGGUUGCCCGUGGCGUUGGUGCUAGCCCGGUGCAGAUGGUGUUCUGUACACAGGGCAUGAACGCGACGAACUGCCAGCUUUUGCCAUCGGCCGGAGGUUGA